GGAAACAAUCUUACUCCCUCACACACAUGUUCUCACACACACACACACACACACACUCUCUCUCCUCUGUGUCUCCGUGUUGGACCAAACAGAGCACAGGAGGUAAUUCUAGCCACUUAAUUUAUUAGUCAUUGGUGUUUGUUGGAACAAGCCAAUUAGAGGAAAGGAGGCAACAGGGGAGAGGAGUGGAAGGAGAAAGGAAGAGGACACGAGGAGGGGGAGAAGGAGACAGACAGCUGAGUGGAGGGAGGUUUUCACACCACUUUACCAUCAUCUGAUCUGACAUGGCCACCGCAUAGGAAUCUGGUGCCACGGCAACCGGCAGCUUGGCGACGAAGUAUCUGAGGAGAAGGAGACAGAGAGCUGGACAGACGGACGCUCGGAGGAACGCGACGAGGGAUGGCAGCGGAGGAGAAGCCCGGUGUGAAGAGCAGCAGCUCCAUACUUCCCUGCUUCCUGUUUGUGGAGCUGGUGAUCAUGGCUGGGACGGUGCUGCUGGCUUAUUACUUUGAGUACACGGACACCUUCCCGGUGCACAUCCAGGGCUUCUUCUGCUAUGACAAGACCUUUUCUAAGCCCUACCCCGGUCCAGAGGACGCCAGCAAGAUCCCGCCGGUGCUCAUCUACUCGCUUGUCACAGUCAUCCCCACACUCACGAUCCUGGUCGGAGAGCUGUGUGUCUUCUUCAGCAGGACAGAGGGAACGCGGGAGAAGACCAUCGUCACCGCAGACUGCUGCUACUUCAACCCCCUGCUGAGACGCAUCGUACGUUUUCUAGGUGUUUACGCCUUCGGCCUCUUCACCACCACCAUCUUUGCCAACGCGGGUCAGGUCGUGACAGGAAACCAGACGCCUCACUUCCUGUCCGCCUGCCGACCAAACUACACAGCGUUGGGCUGCCAGUCCACCAUACAGUACAUCACAGAGCGCCGCGCCUGCACAGGCAACCCACUGACUGUCAUGACGGCACGGAAAUCCUUCCCGUCGAAAGACGCAGCGCUCAGCGUCUACGCCGCUAUUUACACAGUGAUGUACGUGACGCUGGUGUUCAAGACCAAAGGCACGCGGCUGACCAAGCCCACCAUCAGCCUCACCCUGCUCUGUCUGGCCAUGCUCGUGGGCGUGGUCAGAGUGGCCGAGUACCGCAACCACUGGGCCGACGUUCUGGCGGGAUUCUUCACCGGGGGAUCCAUCGCUGUGUUUCUGGUGACGUGCGUGAUUAACAACUUCCAGCAGUUGCAGUCCAGUAUCGCUCCACAGCGCCCCCAGCGCCCCGAGUCCAUGCUGGGCAUGCCCAUGGUGACCCUUCCCUGUGUGGAGAGUCCACUCGAAAAACUCCGCGGGGAUCUCCGUUCUCCGAGAUCACAUGACCAUCAGCCCUAUCGGUUCCCCGCCACCCCCGAUGUCCUCGUUCCGACUCGCUCCAUUUCCAGCGAAGUCUAGACCAAUCGGAGCAGCACUCGCCGCACUGCGCCGCCCAUCCGGCUGGGCGGUACGCGACACUGCACCGCUCCUAUUCCACCCAGGUCUAGGCCCAUCAUAGCCCACAAAUUACACACACACACACACACACAGCAGCUCUAUCCCUGGGGAACCGAUAGGCAAACUCUUACGCAGACUUUCUCUGUUGCUGGACUCUGAGUAAAGUAAAUCCUGAACUUUCCGUACAAAGUCAGGUACAUAUUUGAUUUUCUUCUUCUUCUUCCUCUUUUUGCCAUUUUGUACUGAAAGACAUUUUUGUAUAAACGGUCAUGUGAUGCUUCAGUGGUGCGCUGGAAAAAGGAACGUGCAUCACACUGUGACCUCUGAGAAUGUCCACUGAAUAUUUAUUUAUUUACUCACACAAUUGUAUGAAUGAGUCACUCCACCCCCCCCCACCCCCCCGUCCCACCCAUUUGAAGGAGACACAUGCUGAAAGCUCGCGUCUCGGCGACGGUGAACCUCCGGUCCGUCUCCCCGGACGCAGCUUUGAUGUGAGCUGUCAGGAGGUUUUGCCUUGUUGGACCAAAGAAACCCCCUGAAGGAUAUUUGUGCUGCUGAGAUUUACCUGUGAACACAUCCUUUUAGUAAACCAUACAAACACACACACACACACACACACACUGUCUCUUUCUCCCCUUCAUCUCUUUCUCUCACCCUCACCUUAUCUCCUCCUGUUUGUGCACACACACACACACACACACACACGGUGCAUUCUGAGUUGCAGUGCCCUCGUCGGCUCCACAUGAGGUUUACUCAGAUCAAAGGAUUCAUUUCAUAUCUCUCAGCAGAAGCAGCAGACUAAAGCAAACAGGAUGAAAGUGAAGACAUCUUCACUCGGCUGUCCUCGCCACGUUGUCUCUUAGACGCCCAGAAACACACAUUUUUAUAAGACAAAGCCGAGCUCCCGACUGCAGGUGGCACCACAGUGAGCCCAAUCACCGCGUUCAGGAGCAAAUAUUUUGUGUGUUUAAUCCCCUCGAGACGAGAAGCCUUCAGAAGAAACCUUUUUCUAUCCGUUUCAUUCACCGUCGUGAACUGGAAUUACUUUCUGUCCUAAUCUGAAAGUGCUGUAUGUAAUGACUGUGAUUCAUCUCAUGACGUUUUAUCCAUGGAUUUAUUUAUCGACGUGUACAUAAUCUGGAUGGAGUGAGCGCCACGCGCGGCGUGACGCAGUUUUGCUAAGAUUUUGAUUUGCACACAGAAAUCCAUGUUUUUUUGAUAACUUCUCUCUUUCUCUCUGUGGCGUUGGUGUCGUUGAACUAUCACUGUGCUGUGAAAUGUUUCCCUCUGCUGGAUGACACGACGCACACGCACACACACACACGUUUGACAGAGCACAUGUACAAUGACACACAUUCAUAAGCCCCGCCCCUUAACUCCACUUUCUAACAAGGAAACAUUUGUAUCAUACUGUACAUAGUUCUUUUUUUGUAUCGAGAGUGUGAUUUUCUUUUCUUUUUUUACACAAGCUUCACCACCACUCAAGAGGUCGUCUGUUUAUGAUGAUGAUGAAGGAGAAGAAAACAACCACAUUCACUCUUUACUGUAUAUCACUCUCAGUUUUCAGGUCACUUCAGAUGUUUAAAAUGUAAUGAACCCAAAACAUUGUAUUUAACUCUCACGUACAGUUGUCACAACUCCAGAUACAUCGUUGUGGUUGUUCAGUCACGUAUGAAACCAACAAAGCGAGCAAAAAUACAUGUUCUCUUGUAUUAAAGCAACACUCCGUAA